AUGAGUAUCAGAAAUCUUCGAAAGCUUAAAGAACUUCAAAAGGAUAAUUUUUUAUCAUCUACUAUUGAUGAAGAUCUAGAUUCUGGAAUAAGUUCAAGAUAUAGUUUUGAUAUAAAUGCACUUCCUUCAAAUAAUUUUAAUCGUUUUUCUAUACUUGAUAACAAUAUUCAAAUUAUUGAGGAUAAUGUACCAGAAAGUGAUAAUAUUUUUGAAUAUGAGAAUAAAAAUAAUAUACAUUCUAAGAAAUGUAAAAUUAAAAAAAAAGAUAAAAAUAAAACAAGAAUGGUUAAUAAUGAUCUAAUUGAAACAGAAAAAGAUUAUAUUUCUGAAUAUUUUAAAAUUAACAAGGUCAUUGAUGAAAGUUCUAAAAAACAUGAUUUUCCAGAAUUAAUUGUAGAUGAUUCUGAAAAUAAAUUGCAACAAAAGCAGUUAAAUUUAUUAAUUAUAGAUCAAAAUUUUCUUGAUUCUGAUGCUGAAAUGAGGAAACUUUUUGGAAAGAUUGUUGUAGAUAACAAUAAUCAUUCUAAAAAAAAAUCGAAAAAAUAUAGAACUAAUUUUAAGAAUAAAUCCAAUAAAUCCCCCUUAAUGGUUUUCAAAGAAUCAUGGCCACCAUUUUUCAAUAAUGGUUUGUCAAUGGAUAUUAUUGAUUAUGUCGACGGCAUUGGGUACUUUAAAUUUGUUUUUUCUAAGGCAUAUCAAGAUUCUCAACAUCAGUUUUCAAUUGCUGUUAAUUCUUUUGAUCCGAGUAAUCUUAUAGUGCUAUUACAACAUAAUCCAUACCAUGUUGGUACAUUACUUCAAGUAUCUGAAAUUUUAAAGCAUGAAGGAAAUUAUCAUAAUUCUAUAGAUUUGGUUGACCGUGCAUUAUACUCUUUAGGGCGUGGAUUUCACCCGACGUUUAAUAUAUCAACAGGUUGUGUUCGUCUCCCUUUUAAAUAUUUUGAAAAUCGUGUUAUGUAUCUUGCAUUGCAUAAACAUAUUUAUAAUUUAGAGAAAAAAGGCUGUUGGAGAACUGCUUUUGAGUUUAAUAAACUUUUGCUUAGUUUAAGUCCUUUAGAAGAUAAUGAUAAUUAUGGUGCUCUUUUGACUUUAGACUUUUUUGCUUUAAAAGCUAAAGAAUAUGAUUAUAUUAUUGAACUAAAAGAAUGGCAUGACCAAAAGUAUUUAAGAAGACUUCCUUCUUUUGCAUUUUCGUAUGCACUAGCUUUUUUUCACAAAGAAAAUACAGAUGAUUUACAUAUUGUCUCUAAAGAAAAAAUAAUCGAUGCUGUUUCUUCAUUUCCUUGGGUCGUCAGGCCACUUUUUUUAUUAUUAAAGUUACCUAUUCCUAAUGGAUAUGAAUCACUUAGUCCUCCUACAAAUCUCGAUGCUCUUUAUAUGGAUAUUUAUUUAUCUCGAGUAAAAGAUAUUUGGAAUACUUCCAAGUAUAUAGAGUUCUUAAGUUCUGUGUCUUUACCUUCGCCGCUAAUUAAUAUGAACUUUCAAAAAUUUGAUCAUGAAAUUCCUGCAGGUAUAUUGAGAUAUGUUUUACUUUCAGGAGAUAAAAAUCUUAUUCAAUAUUUACCUUUAUCGAUUACGUCUCAACCAAUCAUGGAAUAUGAUCCUUUUCCUCCAGAUAAUUCUGUAUCAUUUACUCAUACCUCUAUUCCCGAUUCGUUGGAUAAUUCAGCUGUUCAAGAAAAUUAUACACCUAUUAAUUCAUCUGAAAUUUUACUGCCGCAAUACAGUUCUGAAACAAAUUUACAAGAUGAACAUAAUCCUGAAGCUAUUAUAGAAUCAAAUAAUUCAGGAAAUGUUUCAUCGGAUGAAACUAGCGUUUAUUUAGCUAGAAUUUCACGAAGAAUAUUAAGUUUAUUUGGGAUUUUUUGGAGAGAUAAUAUAUCUAAUGAAACAGAUUUUUCAGGUAAUGAUUAA